UUUCCUGAUACCAAUCAGGCGAUCUCUACCUCUGUAGAAAGACGGCAGCGUUGUAGUUAACACUUUGGAGCAACUGGCGGCUCAGAUCGGUAACGUGAGGCUCGUUAAAGGCUUGUCUUUUACAAUGGCAGAAAACAGGACGGGAGCCGGGGAACGCGCUUAGCUGAUGCACCAUCAUCAAAUGCAGUCAAAUUUGGCCCUCGAUUACAACUCGGAAAAUACUAACAGAAACUGGAAUAACACAAUGGACGCUCCUCAGUAUCCAGGCUACCCCUCACACUACUGGUAUCCUCAGUCUCAUUCCACAGGACACUAUGCAAAUACCUUUCCCUCGGGAUCAGAUGUACAGCCACAGUACAAUCCACAGGUAAUGCCUGGAGGGUAUCCAAAUGGCCAUGGCGUCUACAGCCCAGCACAGAGUCAAUAUUCAACAAGUGGUUUCCACCCGUCCAACCCUUUCUACUGUGCCGACACUCAGAGACCGGCUCCAGGUCCUUAUCCUAACCAGGGCUGUCCAGCGGAGCAGAGCAGUGGGCCGUCUGGGCAGCCGCACUCUCAACACCAACAUCAUCACUAUCCCAGUCCACACUGUCAAGGAGGUCCCGGAUAUCCUCCCGGGGCAUAUCCUCAUUACAGUGAAGGUGGUCAUGCAAUGCCUUCAACCCCCCCAUACCCCACUGGCCAGCCUCUCCACCCAAACCCCCAGGCCGAUGGCUGGGCACACUCUAGUGCGUAUGCUCCCCCACAGCAGCAAUGGCAGCCGGGCCAGCAGCCUCCUCAAAACCACUAUGGGAAUCCUGUCCGUCCACCGCAUCCUCCAGCAUGGCCGGGGACUGGAACUGGGGCUCCACCACCUUACCAACCCAAGGACCAACAGCACCAACGUGCCCCACAAGUGGGACCUAAACCCAGGCCAGCCCAAUCCCUGAAUCCCCCCAAUGGAAAGCCUGCUGAAAUAAGUUCACCUCCCCAAAUGUACAACAAAACUGGCAGAGGUGAACCUAAUCCUUCCCAAGGUGAGCCCCCACCCGCGGCCCCAUCCCAAGCUCCAGCCCCAGCUCCAGCCCCAGCUCCAGCCCCAGCUCCAGCUCCAGCUCCAGCUCCAGCCUCAGGCCCGGCUGGACCUCCUCCCCUGAGCGAUAACCCCGGCCUCGCUAAGGUCCAACAGGUCAUGGCCCGAGUGCUGCUGCUUCAGGAAGACGUUGACGAGUUUGUCGGUAGAAAGACAGAGAAGAGUUAUCUGUAUCUGGAGGAACUGCUGACCAAAGAGCUGCUGGAGCUGGACUCUGUGGAGACUCAGGGACAGGAGGCCGUCCGGCAAGCCCGAAAGGAAGCCGUACAGAGGAUCCAGGCCAUCCUGGACCGGCUGGAGAAGAAAGCCUUCUGAACUGGACUUAUUUACUGGUUUGUGGGUCUCUAAGUCUUGCUGUUUUCUCCUUCCAGAUCUUCCAUGGACACAAUGAGGGUCUAGUCUUCUCUCUCUCUCUCUCUGAGCUGUGUUAUCAUAAGGUUUUUUCCACCACCGUGAUAUGAAAUGCCUGAAAAAAAGCGGCAUAGACCCAAGACCAAGACCAAGACCGAGCAAAUACUGGUACAUGGAAUCAACCUUUAAAGCCUAAUUAUGCUGGUAUAAAUGAUAUGAUGGUGUAAGAAGUGUAGACUGAUGGUUGGACAUAUCAUAAGUGACUUUCAGCCUCAGUGAGUGAACGUACGGGCUACGCGACCUGACACUUGUGCUCAGCUCGUCUUUAAUGUUAUGCCUUUGCAAGCAUAAUGCAGGGCACGGGAAGAUGAAUUUAUUCAGUGCCACGUUGCAACUGCUGGUGGUCUCAAACCUGUGAUACAGAUUAUCAUCAUACACGCUGUCCCUCAGGAUUGUGGGUCGGUUUUAGUCUGAUCCUACAUCUAACAUCACGUGCACUUCAUCUCACGGUCCGUUUGCAUGAUGUUGUCCUUAGAGACCAUACACUUAGUUGCCCAUAGUCACUUCCUUCUCCAUGUCUCUGCAGGAAAAUAAGCGCAAUGCUUUCCCUUUUUUCAGUUGUGCUCCCAGCCCUGCAUGCACUGUGAUAUCAGACAAGCACUUAAUACAGUCAGGACAUCUCCGAGCUCUUAAUUGGGCCUAGAGCGUAGCAGAUUAGCAAAACCCCCUAAAGAUUGCUGUCCCCAUUUAUUCCAUCUUUUGGAUGAAAUUUCCUUCUAAGUGCGGACCUAGAAUCAGACCUACAUAUGAAUGCCAUGUAUUUCACUUUAGUAACUGCUGUUAUCACAGAUACAAAGGACAUGAGGAAGUUUAAGAAUUACUUGAAAAGAUGUUAAAAUAUGUUCUUUUUAUCCCCUUUUGAACACUUGGAAUACAAAUCUAUAACACCAAGCAAGGAAAUCGAAUUUUCAGUCAAGUGUUCAAUCUGUUGCUGUAAAGGAUAAAGAAAAGGAUGUACUUUAACAUGUUUUGUGCUAAAGGACAAUGUCGGUCCCAGCACUUGGAUCAAGUGUUUAAUUUGGACCUUGUUUUUGUUUUCUGUCACAUUCCUUGUUAUACAUAUUCAGAUAUGCACCAUAAUCCAUUUUCAUGUGUAGAGAAAGUCCUAUAUUUUCUCCAAUCAUAAUCGCUGUGUUGAUUUAGAAAAAAAGAGUGCCAUAUUUCAGGAGAUGGUUUUAUAUAUUAGAAAAAAAGAAAUAAGAUAAAUAAAAAUAAGAUCACAAGCUUUGCAUGAAAAAAAAAAUCACCUUUCAUAUGUGUUCAUUUUCCUGUGCUGUUAAGUUUCUGUUUAUAGAUGGAGCACAACUGUACAGUUUUAGAUGUAAUGCAUGUUUCCAACACAAGAUGGGAAUCUUUGCCUGAUAAGUUUUGAAAUUAUUACAAGUGAGAAAAUAGCAGAGAAAAAUUAAACGUCAGUAUAUUUUUUAACCUG